AUGCUUGGCCCCGAUGGCGUGGAGAUUGUAUUCUUCGCGUUCCGAGUAUUGCUUCUGAACGCCCAUCGCGCACGUCGCAUGUGCGACGAAAACGCAAAACAUCGCCGAAACGCUCCCCCCGCUGUUCGCAAUCCGGGCGGCAGGUAUGACGACAAAGCGGUUGGCGGGGAACGUGGCCUCGAGGGCGGCGUGGAGGUAGGCCUUCUUGCCCUCCACGUUUGUAUUGUUUUUAACCUUGAAGGAAAGGCUCACGCGAUGCAGUCGCGGUGGCAGCCCGCCUUCGGUAGAGAUUUCGGGCGGGAAGUGCGCCCAGAUGAGCCGUUCAAGCGCCAGGCGCAUCUCUGGCAAGGUGGGGCAGCAGGUCAGCUCACAAGGCAUGAGGCGAAAGCAGUGACGCAGCAAAGGGCGCGGGUUCUCCUCCACAUCUUUAAAAAUGCGCCCCACCACCGUUUGCACAAGCGGGUUUAG